CGCAACUCGGCGAGUUCCGUCACAGCACUAGUGGAAUAAUUGGUGGUGGCCAGUCGACUUCUUAACGGCGGCUGCGUUCAUCUGAAGGGUCUAGCUGGAAGUUAUGUCACGAUGGCUGUUCUGCAGGUUUCUUCUCGCGUCCUCUCUCUCUGUGCCUCUUCCUCCCUCCUUCUCUCUUUCACUCUCUCACUUUCUCACUCUCUCAAUCGACUGGUCCAUCUGUGCCGUGUUUUGCCCCUCUUUGUCCACCCACAACGACGGAAGAGGAUCGAUUGCCGACCCAGCUACGGAAGACCUUUUUUUUUUGUCGGUGGAUUGAUUGUCUACUACAGAGGGUCUUCAUGGUCAAUGCCCUUCAACCAUGCGGCGGCAAUGUUCCAGCCAAGCAUCCUAGUGCGAUCGUGGUACUCUGCAUGCGGUAUCUCGGUGUCGUAGACACUUGCCGUGUACUGUACAACGGCCAAGCGACGCUAUUGACAAGGACAUCAGGUGUAGACUGCUAUCCUGCCUUGGCCCCAAGACAACCCGACACUAAAUACUC